UCGCUGAGUGAGGAGGCCGGCAUAAAAGGCGGAAGCGGGCGUUGGGCGGGGCUCUGUGGAAGAGGCGAGAAGGGGCGCCAUGGAAUUAGUUAGGUGCCCCGAGCACGGGACCUUAUGCUUUCUGAAGACCGGCGUCCGCGAUGGCCCGAAUAAAGGAAAGAGCUUCUACGUGUGCCAGGCGGACACCUGCAACUUCGUGCGGGCCACCGACAUUCCUGUUUCUCAUUGUUUAUUGCAUGAGAACUUUGUGGUAGAGCUUCAGGGUUUAUUUCCACCACAGGGCACAAAAGAAUAUAGGUUGUUCUUCCGAUGCAUUAGAAGUAAGGCCAAGGGGAAGCGAUGGUGUGGAAGUAUCCCGUGGCAGGAUUCGAACUCCAAAGACCAGUCUGUAACGAGUAAGUCUCAGCAUACAUCUGAGCUAUUUCGUUAUCCUUCCAGUCAGAGAAACCCGUUCAAGGUACUUGACAAGAAUCAAGAACCAUCUCUCUGGAAACAGUUCGUCAAAGGCGAAGAGGAGGAAAAGAUGGCAGAUAAGAAGCAAAGGGAAAAGGGAGAUUCACUCUUGGAUCAAAAGAAGGAAAAGAAGCCUGGAUCCAAGUGCUGGGUGGAGGGAGGCCUCUCUGGCCCGGUGGAAAAGGACAGACAACCCGCAGUUCUCCAGAAGCAGCGAGGGGAGAACACAGAGCUUCAGCGCGAAGCAAAGGAGACCGAAGGGACGCACAGCACAGGCGAUCGUGAGAUCCAGUCUGAACGGUGCCAGGAGAAAGAGCUGAGAAAACCUUCUGCGUCUCUUCAGGCAAAAUCAAAUGGCAAGAGUGAUGUCCAAGAUGAAUCAGAACCUCUGAGAGAAAAGGAAGCCACGCCUUUGCCUCAAACUGUUCACAGUCAGAACCCAAUAAGCCAGCCCUGGGAAGGAGAACACCUCAGCAAGGACAGCCCAGGCACGCGGGCCACCCAGAAGAGGCUGCUCCAGGGGCGUUGCCACGUGCAGCCAGAGGCCCAUGAUGUGUCUGCUCUGACAGGAUCGGCCACACAGGCUGCACCACCGGCCGCAGGGCGUCCCCUGGGAGAGAGGCGAGAAGCCGACACAAGCAGCUGUGACAGUGAGGAAGAUGAGGUUGUUUUUGUUUCCUGUCAGCCAGGAAGCCCCUUACUCUUUGACACGAGUCCAGACUCAGAAAAGGAGAACCAUAAAUUCCCUAGUCAGAGUGUGCAGAGAACAGUGCCUCCUGACUCGGGUGUUUCUGGGAAGGUAGAACCGUCAGACCCGGCAGCCCAGCGUGUGUACCUCACAACACAGUUGAAACAGAAGAAGAGCACACUGGCAUCGGUGAACAUCCAGGUUCUUCCAGACAAGGGUCAGAAAUUGCUCAAACAAAUUCAGGAGUUGGAAGAAGCACUUGGCACCCUCGCCCUCUCCCCAGAGCAAGCAGGUACUAACGAGGAGAAUAACACUCAAGUACCACAACAGAGGAACUUUGCCAAACCUACCACCAACCCUCCCCACUUGAUGCCACCCAAACCCCUGCAGGGCCAGGAUCUCCUGCCGCUGGGUUUUCGAGGACCGAAAGUCGUUGCUGGACAGUACAGUCAUUGCAGCGGAGGCCCCACAAACCAAGAUCGCCUUCACGCCGGGUGGAAAGUCACAAGUGAAGCCAUUGAUGGGCUACAUCAAUCGCUUGAGUCGUGUCCUGGUGAGACAGCUGUGGCAGAGGAUCCAGCUGGGUUGAAGGUCCCUUUACUGCUGCACCAGAAGCAAGCAUUAGCCUGGUUACUAUGGCGAGAAAGUCAGAAGCCACAAGGAGGAAUUCUGGCGGAUGAUAUGGGCUUAGGAAAAACCCUGACAAUGAUUGCACUCAUUCUGACCCAGAAGAAUCAAGAGGAAGACAAAGAAAAGGACAAAACCACGGCCUUGACUUGGCUUUCCAAAGAUGACACCACUGAAUUUAUUUCCCAUGGAACACUUAUCAUCUGUCCUGCUUCCCUGAUCCAUCAUUGGAAAAAGGAGGUGGAGAAACGUGUGAGCUACAACAAACUAAGAGUCUGUCUCUAUCAUGGGCCAAGCCGGGAUCAGCGUGCAGGAGUCCUCUCUACAUACGACAUCGUCAUCACCACCUACAGCCUUCUGGCCAAGGAGAUCCCCAUGAAGAAGCACGAGGGAGAAGUCGCAGUCUCAAACCUCAGUGAGGAGGGUAUCUCGACACCUUUGCUUCAAAUAGUCUGGGCUCGAAUCAUACUGGAUGAAGCCCACAACAUUAAGAACCCCCGAGUGCAGACGUCCAUGGCUGUGUGUAAGCUGCAGGCCCGUGCCCGUUGGGCUGUCACUGGAACCCCCAUUCAGAACAACCUGUUGGACAUGUAUUCACUGUUAAAAUUUCUCCGCUGUUCUCCAUUUGAUGAUUACAAUCUGUGGAAGAGCCAGGUUGACAAUGGUUCAAAGAAAGGAGGAGAACGGUUAAGUAUUUUAACCAAGAGCCUUUUGCUGAGGAGAACGAAGGAGCAGCUGGACUCUGCUGGCAAGCCCCUGGUGAUACUGCCCCAGCGUAAGUAUCAGUUGCAUCAUUUAAAGCUUUCUGAAGAUGAAGAGACUGUGUACAGUGUCCUUUUUGCAAGAUCAAGGUCAGCUCUGCAAUCCUAUCUAAACAGACAGGAAAGUGGAGGUAACAAAUCUGGACGAAACUCUGAUGAUCCUUUCAAUAGAGUGGCACUGGAGUUUGGGUCAAGCGGGCCUGUGGCAGCAGAAGCACCAAGGUCCAGCACCGUCCACAUUUUGUCACAGUUGCUGAGACUCCGUCAAUGUUGCUGUCAUCUUUCUUUACUGAAGUCGGCCUUGGAUCCGACAGAACUGAGGAGCCAAGGUCUGCUGCUCUCCCUGGAGGAACAGCUCGGUGCCUUGACCUUGUCUGAACUCCAGAACUCAGAGCCAUCGUCCACUGUUUGCCUCAAUGGCGAAUGCUUCAAGGUGGAGCUUUUUGAAGACACGAGAGAGAGCACCAAGAUUUCAUCCCUGUUGGCAGAAUUGGAGGCAAUCCGAAGAAAUUCAGCGUCUCAAAAGAGUGUCAUUGUCUCUCAGUGGACCAGCAUGCUAAAAGUUGUAGCCUUGCACUUGAAGAGGCACAGACUGACUUAUGCCACCAUCGAUGGCUCUGUCAACCCCAAACAGAGAAUGGACUUGGUAGAGGCAUUUAACAACGCCGGGGGCCCUCAGGUUAUGCUGAUCUCUCUCUUGGCUGGAGGUGUUGGUCUAAACUUGACUGGAGGAAACCAUCUUUUUCUUCUGGAUAUGCACUGGAAUCCAUCACUGGAAGAUCAAGCUUGUGACCGAAUUUACCGAGUAGGGCAGCAGAAAGAUGUUGUCAUCCACAGAUUUGUUUGUGAAGGAACAGUGGAAGAGAAGAUCUUGCAGCUUCAAGAAAAAAAGAAAGAUUUGGCCAAACAAGUUCUGUCAGGAUCUGGAGAAUCUGUCACCAAGCUCACCUUGGCUGACCUCAAAGUCCUUUUUGGCAUCUAGCUUCCUGUUUACAGUGCCACCUUCGGUUUUUAUGAGGGUCUGGGGAGAACACCUAACCGUAGCCCUGGGCCGCCCUUGGCAUUCCAUCUCACCUCAGGCCCUCUGCCCCCUCACAGAAGGCGCACGCAUAUCUCUCGAAUUGAAGAUCAAUUAUCAUGUUAAACAGUCGGUUAAUCAAUCAUGUUAAUCAGUCAACUUAUUUAAUAAGUGACUUACAAACCAAUAAAUUGUCUCAGAUAAAAGAAGAAGCUUUCAUGUUAGAUAAUUUUGGAAAACAGUUCUGGGAGAGUUAUACAUACGCCUCCGUAAAAGCUUAGAAAGCCUUCUGGUGCCUUUCUCUUCUCAGCUUAUGGGGACCCAGCGUCAUUACGUUUUCUAGCACAGGCUCCCUCCCAUCUCUUCACCUCCCCUGCCAAUGAGGCUGUUCCUAUGACCAUCUCUUUCUGGAUGGAGCAGAAGGGGGGACCCCUAUGGCCAUUCCUCUGCAGGUGUCUCAGGCCAGGCAGUUCUUCCUGUCAGGAGUCAGAUCAGGAGGUGCUUUGUACAUUAAACAGAUGUUUAGGAUGCAUAUCGUUGUAUCAUUUAGUAGUUGGUAUCAUAUCAUUUAGUGUUACCAUAAAAUUUCAUAUUGCUAUUUUACGUAGUAUUUGUAUCAUAGUUUAAUAUUUGUAUCAUUUUUAUAGUACUACCAAUUUACAGUAUUUGUAGCGCCGUAGUAUUGUUUCAUUUAGUAUUAUGUCACAUAGUAUUUGUACCAUUGUACCAUUGUAUCAUUUAGCAUGGGUAUUAUCAUUGGUAUAACCCAAUAAAUACGUGUUUGACAGUGUAA